AUGGCUACUGAAGAAAAGGUUUUACGUUGGGGAAUCUUGGGAUCUGGCCAAAUUUGCAACGACUUUGUUUUGGCUUUGGACAAGGCUGAACAUAAACAUAAAGUAAGGUUUUGGCCGGUGCUUGGGAAGGAGUAUUUAAAAAAGACUAGUUUUACGUAGGGUAUAGUAGGGUAUUCUAUGACAGGGUAUUGUAGGGUAAAGUACGGUAAAAUCUGGUAAGGCAGAGUAGUAUGAAGCAUGAUAAGUGACUAUAGCGUUUUUACUUUACCGUAGUACCCAACUUGUAUUACUUUGCUUUUUCAGGUCGUAGCAAUAGCAGCAUCAUCAGAGAGCAGAGCAUCUGACUUCAUAGUCAAGCACAAUAUCUUAGAAGCCAAACCUUAUGGUAGUUACGAUGAACUCCUCAAGGAUGAUAAUAUUGAUGUAGUUUACAUCGGUUUGAGGAACUUUUUGCAUCAAGAAUUCACCGUGAAGGCUCUAGAAGCCGGGAAGAACGUUUUGUGUGAAAAACCAUUUGGUUUGAAUCUAAAACAAUCUGAAGCCAUGCUUGAAGCCGCUGAAAAGUCUGGAAAGCUUCUUGUUGAAGGCUACUGGACACUACAUUUUCCGAUUUACAGAGAAUUGGACAAGAUUCUGAAAGAGAAAGCGUAUGGUGACGUUUUUAAUGUUGAAGCUAGUUUUGGGUACAGUUUGGUGAGUUUUGUUUGAAGUUGAGGUAUAAAACAGAAGUAUAGUCAUGUACCUUGAGAAUAAAAAUUUGCAUUUUAGCCAUCCGACUUCGUAAACCUUGAAAGAGGCGAGACCAUGUUGACAACGUUAGGCUGCUACACUAUUAUGAUUGCCAACUUUGUAUAUAAAACUGAAGGAAGGAUAGUUGAUGUCGAUUGGGAAAGAAAUGAUCAUGGUAUGUUAAGUUUGUCAUAGUUAAUAGUUUUGGAGUUUCAAAACUUAUUUUUGCCUUUCUUUCGUAAAAACUUGAAAAUAUUGUUGAAUUAAAGCCUUAGGCUUUUAGAUCCAAACUCUAAUAUUAUGUUGAAACUUGAAGAGCUAUGACAUGAAAAAGAUAUCAGACCAUUGUUUUAGGAGCUGACAAACGUACAAAAUUGACCUUGAGCUUCGGUGAAGACAAAAAGGCUAUCUUGAGGUUUGAUGAAACCCAACCUUUGGAGAAUAAGCUAAAAGUAAAUUGUAAAGAGGCCUUGAUAGAGGUAAGCACUCAACUAGUUGCCUAAUUGUAGCUCAGCUAACACAACAUUGCCCCAUCUGACAAACCCUUUUAUUUCAAGGUAGAUGCCCCAUUCUGGUGCCCAACCAAACUGACAAUAACAACAGAAAAUGGUAUUAAUACAAGAGAAUGCCCUUUGAAUGAUAACCGCAAAGAAUUCAACUAUCCGAACAGCUCUGGGUUGAGAUACGAAGCUGACCAUGUUUAUGAAAUGAUAUUUGACAACAAGACCGAGAGUAACAUUGUGCCAUUGAGAUUCAGUAGGCAGGUUCAGAAGACCGUCGAUGAGGUACGAAAAGUCAUGGGAAUCGAAUUUCCUGUCGAUACAUGA